UAAUGAGGCUGGACGAAGAGGCAAUCUCCGCCAGCAGUAAAACAUUUCUGCCAGAUCCGAUCCAGCCAGUUAUGUGUGAAGUUUGAUGUGCCGACAUGUUGGCCGUUUUCCAGAGAGCGAUCAGAUAAAUGUUGAUCGGGUGAUUGUAUAUUUUUCUUUCCGCCUUUUUAAUGGGAACGCGAGCUUCAUACGAUGACUAAUGAGCUAAAGCUUCGUUUUAAGGCUUGGUGAUCUUAAUGAAUAACUCCUCAGCUUUAAGAAAAUCAUCCAGAAAACUUUCGCCUUCGUUUACGGGAUGUGCGUUCAAUGACGCCUCGGAUUUUCUCAGGAAUAUUGAACUUGAAAACCUUCCACUUCUACUGCUUUGGAUUUAAACGGCGUGUAACUGAACUUGUUACUAAUUGGCAUCUUAACCAUGACAGUUUAUUUAGAAGGUCUCUGUAAAGGAGUGGUCGGAAAAGGGAUGGCUCAGUUCGAGGAAGUGAUGCGGCAGCAGCUGGAGAGCUCUAUGGACACAGAGAUGGAUAAACUUCUGAAUACGGCCACAGGGGCAGACCGAGAGGUGUGCAGGAAAGACUUUGCGGGCUUCAAGAAUCUCUUCCACAGAUUCUUGCAGGUGAAGGGCCCAUCCGUGGAGUGGAUCAAGAUCCAGAGACCUCCUGAGGACUCGAUCCAGCCCUACGAUAAGAUCUCUGCACGAGGCCUACCGAAUAACGUGGCCAACAGCCUGAACAAACUGGUGGUGGUGAAGCUGAACGGAGGUCUGGGCACCAGCAUGGGAUGUAAGGGUCCGAAGAGCCUGAUCAGCGUCCGCAAUGAGAACACCUUCCUGGACCUGACCGUGCAGCAGAUAGAGCACCUGAACAAGACGUACAACACAGACGUUCCUCUGGUCCUCAUGAACUCUUUCAACACAGAUGAAGACACAAAGAAGAUCCUGCAGAAGUACACGCACCACCGAGUGAAGAUCCACACCUUCAACCAGAGCAGGUAUCCUCGCAUCAACAAAGAGUCUCUCCUCCCCGUGGCCAAAAACCUGAGCAUGACCGGCCAAAGCGCUGAUGGCUGGUACCCUCCCGGUCACGGAGACAUCUACGCCAGCUUCUACAACUCUGGUCUGCUGGACCAGCUGAUCACGCAGGGCAAAGAGUACAUCUUUGUGUCCAACAUCGACAACCUGGGAGCCACGGUGGACCUGAACAUCCUGCACCACCUGGUCAGCCAGCCCAACGGAAAACGCUGCGAGUUCGUCAUGGAGGUGACGGAUAAAACGCGCGCUGACGUCAAGGGAGGAACGCUGAUCCAGUAUGAAGGGAAGCUGCGUCUGCUCGAGAUCGCCCAGGUUCCCAAAGCCCACGUGGACGAGUUCAAGUCGGUUUCAAAGUUUAAGAUCUUCAACACCAACAACCUGUGGAUCUCUUUACCUGCAAUCAAAAGGCUGCAGGAGCAGAACGCCAUGGACAUGGAGAUUAUCGUCAACCCGAAGACACUCGACGGAGGGCUGAACGUUAUCCAACUGGAGACGGCGGUCGGCGCAGCUAUCAAGUGCUUCGACAACGCUCUGGGAAUUAACGUCCCCCGCAGCCGCUUCCUGCCUGUCAAAACCACGUCGGACCUGCUGCUGGUCAUGUCCAACCUGUACAGCCUGGAUGCCGGCUCGCUGACCAUGAGCCCCAAGCGGGAGUUCCCAACGACGCCUCAUGUCAAACUGGGCAGCUCCUUCACCAAGGUUCAGGAGUACCUGACCCGCUUCGAGAGCAUCCCCGACAUGCUGGAGCUCGACCACCUGACGGUUUCUGGAGAUGUCACAUUUGGGAAAAAUGUGUCGCUCAAGGGAACCGUCAUCAUCAUCGCCAACCACGGAGAUCGGAUCGAUAUUCCAGCCGGCUCCAUGCUGGAAAACAAGAUCGUAUCUGGAAACCUCCGUAUCCUGGACCACUGAAGCCACCACCUCCACUCAUCACCACACACCCUUAUCGUGUGACCCGUUUGUUCCCAGCAGCAGAUUGUGAGAGGAAGCGACUUCCUGCCUGAAAACUGUGGGUUGCAUGUGCAGAGAGCAGCAGGGGCAUACUACCCCCUACUGGUGGUUUAUUGUUCAACCUCCUAAGUGUUCAUCAGUAGUUGUUGCUUACAGAAAAGCUGAAUCAUUAGGAAACUAGCUAACUAAAAAUAACUAUUAUGGAUUUCUAUUCUAUUUUUUUCUGUAGUGAUUUAGUAGUAAAGAGACUAUAACCUGCCAGAGUAGAUUGAACGAUAAUGGGAUUAGAAGCAUUAAAUAAAUUUGAUCACAGAUUAUGUAUUAAAUCUGAUGGUUCUGUUUAGAACUGUUAACGUAAUCUCCUGGUGAACCAACGUAGAAGAACUUGGACCACAGAAUUCAACAUUAUGUUCCAUCCUAGUCAGAUUACACAGGCAGGCGGAAGCAAUCAUAAUUCUGGUUCUGUCUCGCUGAAACAGGAAAUUGUAUCUAUACCAGAUUUAAAUUUGAGCUCUUGAAGGCAACACGCCUGAAUUUAAUGACAUUUGGUGGAAAAUCCAAAUGUUGGAUCACACACUAGAAAGCUAAUUUAGGCUCUCCAAUAGAUCUUUUACUCCCCAUGUUUGUUGGAGGGCAGUUUUAGUUUUCUAGCAACCGGCUUGUUUCUACAAAUACACUUUUGCAUACAAACAGUAAUUUGGUCUGUAGAUUUUUUGUGUGAUCUGUGAAAUCAAGAGUAAAAAUGGAAUUAAGUGGAUGAUCAGUGAGACAUAAAGAAGUUAUUUAAAUAUUUAUCUGAAUGUAAAUGUGAAACAUGCUAAAACUGUGAGCCACAACAUACUAAACCAUAAAUGCUUUAGUCCAUGCUGCCACGUUUUACGUAACUUUAUUAGAACCGUGGCAGCUAAUCACGACAACAUAACUGAGGUUAGCACCUGACUUGCCUCCAGAGCCUUUAAACUGUGAGGAACUUGCGUGUACUUCCACUGUAGACCUUCAGAGGGAGGUUAGGUCAGAAGGGAAAACAUUUGAUUUGCUGUUUCCAUUUUCAAAGGUUUGUUUUAACAUGUUAGUGAAGACGUAUCGUGUUAGAUCGAAACUCUUUACUUUUAACCCGUCAUGUGGUAAAAAUGUUGUAGCAUUAUUUUUGUUCGAUUCUAGUGUGUCUCACAUAUGUGCAUUUUCCCAUCAUCCUCAUCUUUACGCCAAACGUCAGGCUGUGCAGUAUUUCCUGGAGGUUUUGGUUUACUCACACAGGUUUAGAUCAGUUUCUGAAACACGUAAAGAAGAGUUUCAGGGUUUGACCGGUGUUGUACGAGAAGCUUGAAAGCAAUAAGUGUUGAUCUGUGACGGUAACCAGGUCUCCGCCCAGAACUGAAUAAAGUGCAAUAUGAAGAACCGA